UCAAUUUUCACACACGUUUAAUACCAAACUUUGUUGUUAAACAUUGUUAAUACCAAAUGGAUUUUUUAAUUGCUCAACACUUGCUAGCUACUCCAUUAUAGGGGUACAAAUGAACUAUUGAUUGUUCAUGGCAGGAGUACUGGAGCUCACCAACUGCAUCUUGACCGGGAUCGAUGCCCUCUUCCUCUUCCAUGUUCAUAUCAUCUUGGAUUGCUGCCUGUUCUGAAGUUGGUGCAAUGGAGCUUGGAGCUCCACCUGCUGGACCUGGAGCCUGUUCAGGACCUGAAGUCAGCGGCGAUCUGCAGUACCUGGAGGUGGAGCUGGCGAGGCCUUGGGAGGGUGGCGGCAAUCUGCAGCAGGGCGCUGGCCUUGGGAUGACGAGGUGGGGGAUCUGCUGGCCCAGGACGAUGAGGGGGAUCUGCUGGCCCAGGAAGAUGGGGAGGAUGGAAGGGGAUCUGUUGGGCGAGAUGGGAGGCGAUGGAGGUGGAGGUGGAGGAUCUGGAGCAACUUCAGCAACAUAA